AUUAUCAACUAACCAUUUGUUUUCCUCCAAAAACACACAACCAAUAAAAGGAAAAAUUUACUACUAUACUAUGUUUUCCGGCAUAGUUUUACUCACAAAUAAAAAAUACUGUACAUCUGUUUUAGUAGCCCUUAACAAACACAGCUACUACUUCACAACUCACCACACGACAUCUUCUCCUUCUUCUUCUUCUUCCUCCUCUUUCCAUCCCUUUCUUCUUCUUUAACCCUCUGUUCAACCCAUCAGCAGAUCUGAACAAUACUCAAAAACCCCAUUUUCAGCUGUCGCCGAUCCCCCUCUUUUCAAGAACGCAGACUAGAUGUUUGAUUAACUGUCUGUGUGAAGAAAAAUACAGUACACGUCAUAGGAUUUGUGUUUGAAAUUGAAACGUCUAGUUUGAUUAAGCUGGCCGUUAUUGUGGGUCAUGGUCAUUUUAAGGUUGUCCGAUCUCCUCAUUUUCCUGAAACGCACACCAGCUGUUUGAUAAAUUGUUUGUGUGAAGUUAAGUACAGGAUCCCACAGUUUGGAUUCAGCUGGGUAUAAUUGUUGCUCAUUUUCCCAUUUUUCAAGAACGCACACAAGUUGUUUGAUUAAUUGUUUGUCUGAAGGAAAUACGGUAUUUCGUCGUAGUAUUUGGAAUUCAAAUCCCCAGUUGGGCAUUUUCAUUUCCCAGAAAACUGAAAACCCCCCAUUUCAGUACUGGCCGAUCUCCCCAUUUUUCAAGAACGCACACCAAAUGUUUGAUUAUAUGUUUGUGUGAAGGAAAAUAGUCUAUACUCGUCAUAGGAUUUGAAUUUGUAAGCGAAACCCCCAGUUUGAUUAAGCUGGGGGUAUUUGUGGGCCAUUUUCAUUACCCAGAUGGGAAUGUCUGCAGCAAGACGAUGAGCAAAACUAGGGCCGAAGAAGAAGAAGAACGCGAAGAGGACGAGCGAUUUCACGACUCUUUUGACCGGUUACUUUCUUCUACUAACACUUCUUGUUCUUCCUCUCCUUCUUCUGAUAACGAAGAAGAAGAUUUGGGUUCCCCUAGUUAUGAUGUUCCUAACCCACUUCCGGUUCCCCGGUUCCCUAAAGGUGUAUCGAAUAACUAUGAUGUGUGGAUCUCUGAACCUUCCUCAGUUGAAGAACGACGUAUUCGACUCCUUAGUCAGAUGGGUCUUGCCCGUGACCCGUCUCUCAUUCGCCAUAGACCUUCAUUAUCUCAGUCUGCUGCUGCUGACUAUGAUGCUGGCGAUAGAGGUGAGAUUUUUGGCAGAUCGGUUUCAGAGAAUCAUCUGAAGUGUUCAGUUGCUGGAGGUGAGGGUAUUUGUAAUAGUAUUAAUUCCAAAACUAGUAGUAUUGUUCGAUCAAAAUCGGAUGGUGAUCGAAAUUCGUCUAAUUGUUCUUGUUCUCAUAAAAACACCAAAGUUAUUUCAUUGAAUUCUACUUCCGUUUCAUCCGUACAAGUAAAUAUGGCAAAUGGGGUUGAAGGUAUAGUUGUACAUAAUUAUCGGAAUCGUAGUAAAAGUUUCUGCGAGGAUCUAUUGCAUAAUGGCAAUGGAUCCCCGAGGAAGCCACCUACAGGGAAGAUGAGGACUGAUUCCACCAAUGGGACAUGUAAUUUGUUGCCGGUACUGGCAAAUAAUGGGGUGGAGGAAGGGUUGGAGUCGAAUGGGGAUCUUGGAAUUGAAGAGCAGGUGUGCACAAUAAAGAGUCUUGAUGAUGGGAAGGAGUUUGUUGUUAAGGAAGCUAAGGAAGAUGGGACGUUGAAUAAAGUCAAGGAAGUGGGUACAGGAAGGCAGUUGACCAUGGAAGAGUUUGAGAUGUGUGUUGGGACUUCACCAAUUGUUCAAGAACUGAUGAGAAGGCAGAAUGUAGAGGAUGGGAAUAAGGAUAGUUUGGAUUGUAAUACAAAUGAGGAUGGUGAAACUGGAUCCAAGUCGAAGAAGAGGGGAAGUUGGUUGAAGAGUAUAAAAAAUGUGGCUGGUGCUAUGACAGGUUAUAAGGAGCGGCGGAGCAGUGAUGACAGGGAUACAUCAUCUGAGAAGGGUGGCAGAAGGUCAAGCUCGGCUACGGAUGAUAGUCAGGAUGCUUCUUUUCAUGGGCCUGAAAGAGUACGUGUUCGGCAGUAUGGGAAGUCCUGCAAAGAACUUACAGCACUGUAUAAGAGCCAAGAGAUACCGGCACAUAAUGGUGCUAUUUGGACCAUCAAAUUUAGUUUGGACGGGAAGUAUCUCGCUAGUGCUGGUGAGGACUGUGUAAUACAUGUCUGGCAGGUUACUGAAUCAGAGAGGAAGGGUGACCUAUUACUGGAUAAACCAGAAGACGGGAAUUUAAAUCUCUUGCUUUUGGCGAAUGGAUCUCCAGAGCCAACUACAAUUUCAUCAAGUGAUGGCCACCCAGAGAAGAAAAGAAGAGGAAGGUUGUCUAUAAGUCGAAAAUCAGGGAGUUUUGACCAUGUUUUGGUACCGGAGACUGUCUUUGCACUUUCAGAAAAGCCCAUCGCUUCAUUUCAAGGGCAUGUAGAUGAUGUGCUGGACCUCUCAUGGUCCAAGUCUCAGCAUCUGCUUUCAUCGUCAAUGGACAAAACAGUGCGGCUUUGGCAUUUGUCUAGCAAAUCUUGUUUAAAAGUCUUCUCACAUAGUGAUUAUGUAACCUGCAUCCAGUUUAACCCUGUUGAUGAUAGAUACUUUAUCAGUGGAUCCCUAGAUGCUAAGGUUCGCAUAUGGAGCAUUCCGGAGAGGCAAGUUGUUGAUUGGAAUGAUCUGCAUGAGAUGGUCACUGCUGCUUGCUAUACACCAGAUGGUCAGGGUGCAUUUGUUGGUUCAUACAAGGGGAAUUGUCGUCAAUACAACACAUCAGAUAAUAAACUGCAGCAGAAAGCUCAAAUCAAUCUGCAGAAUAAGAAGAAGAAGGCUCACCAGAAGAAAAUUACUGGUUUCCAGUUUGUGCCUGGGAGUACAUCAGAAGUGCUUAUAACAUCUGCAGACUCGAGAAUCCGGGUGGUUGAUGGUGCUGAUGUUGUUCACAAGUUCAAAGGUUUUCGCAAUACAAACAGCCAAAUCUCUGCCUCUGUGACUGCUGAUGGUAGAUAUGUGGUCUGUGCCAGUGAGGACUCGCACGUCUAUAUCUGGAAACAUGAAGGUGAUUCGCGUCCAAGCAGGAAUAGGGGUGUUACCAUUACACAGUCGUAUGAGCAUUUCCAUUGUCAAGAUGUUUCAAUGGCUAUUCCUUGGCCUGGCAUAUCCAAUAAUUGGAGAUCUCCCGAUUCUCCGUUAGCGGAACAAAAUGGGCAUGCUGAUCAUCUCGAUGACGUUUCCACUGCCAACCAUCCGCCUACACCCAUUGAAGAGAACGACACCGAGUGCUCACCUCUGGUAUCUGGCUGUAGUAACAGUCCUCUUCAUGGGACUUUAAGUAGUGCCAUGAACAGCUACUUCUUUGAUAAAUUCUCAGCAACAUGGCCCGAGGAAAAACUCUUGUUUGCUACGAAAAAUCGUAGCCCUCGUGUCAGUGUAGAUGCUAGUGCUGACUACUCCAACAGUUUAAACCAGUCCAAGUCCGCCUGGGGUUUGGUCAUUGUAACUGCAGGCCGAAGAGGAGAAAUCAGGACUUUCCAAAAUUUUGGACUGCCAAUCAGGAUAUAGAGUACCAUACAGGGGAAGCCUCGGACCGUUGAUUUGAUCGUGAUUCCACGCUACACUCGAAUUUUGUACAGAUAUUGGUGAGAUUUGUAAUAUUAGUGAUUUUUCUUUGUUCUUGUGCUUAGUGCCAGUGGAUGAUCUGGGACUAAAAUAGGAGUCUCUGCCUGAUUAGGCAUUGUGAAGGGGACACGAUUGGGGUUGGGAAAUAGUAGAUUUAUCAGCAUAUGGGGAUAAUAUAGAAGCCAAAAAAGAAAAAAAAAAGAAGAGAUAGGGUUACACCUUGGUUAGAAACCGAUGGUUUUUCUGUAAUCGGCAAUUGUAGAGUUGAGACAAAUUGUGAAGGUGUUUAUUGAAAAAUGAAAUGAAAUUCUUUGAGAUUCAUUUAGA